AAUCCCAACAUAUUCCGUCUAUGAAGUCGAUGACGAAGAGGAAGAUAGAGAUGACAGAUGCGACACACCCGACAUAUACGAGAAAUAUGAACAGGAUCGCUCCUAAAAGGAAAUUAACUGGUGCGGAGAAGAUGAAGAAGUAUCAGGAGAAAAGGAGGAAAGUGAUAAAUAGAGAGGAGGACUGGAGAAAGUUGUGGGAGGAUGUGAAAGAAGAAAUGGAGUUAGAAUUAAAAGGAGGAGGAACAAUUAACAAGGGACUAUAUUAUACAAUAGGAUUGGUAAUAGAAAAUUAUCUGAAAGGAAAGAAGGAGCUAUCCCAAUAUAGAAUCAAGAUAGCUAAAAGAAUAUAUGCAAUGUAUCGAAACAGUGAUGAAAUUGAUGAUGAAAUUGGGAUAUAUAAGAUAAGUAGAGAGAAGGAAAGGGAAUUAAGAAAGUUAGCUAGAAGGCAAUGG